AUGUUCGGUUCAUCUGAUCUAUUUAAGCUUCGUAACCUUACUAUAGAUAAUUUAAGAUUUAAAUCAUUUAAUUUAAUAAUAGCAAAUAAUAUUGCAAUAAUGAUUAAACAAAAAGUAAAACCAUAUCAAUCAGAAUGUAAAAUUUGCGGUUCACCUGCUUUUUAUUCAUAUUUUGGUGUUAUUUCAUGUAGUGCAUGCAAAAUGUUUUUUAAACGAAAUGCUCUAUCUGAUAAGAAAUUAUGGAAAUGUGAUUUCGUUGGUCAAUGUGAAAUAAAUAUAAAUAAUCGUCAUGUAUGUUCUUCGUGUAGACUUUCAAAAUGUUUUAGAAGUGGAAUGAAAGCAGAAAUGAUUCGUACAUCUCUACGAAGUACACCAAUCAAUAAAAAUAAAAAUAAAAAUAAAUUUUCAACAAGUUCAAUUAAAUUAUAUGAAAGAAAACAAAUUCCAACAUUAAACCUUUUAGAAAAAGAUAUUUCAUCAUUAAAUAAUAAUCAAUGGAUUCUCUUAUGA